UACGACGACAACUAGGUCAUCCCUUCAUGAUCCAAAGGACUUGCGUUUAAGUUAAUAUAUGUGGUUUAAUGUGUUUAAUAACUUUGCAUCAUAAUUGAAGUUAAACUUCCAAAUGAAUUCGAUCUAAUCCUUCUUUUUGUAAUUUCAUGGCAUUUGUUAUGGCUCAAUUUUUCAGUUUGUCUUCUGUAUCAAUCUUCUGCAUAGCUGUCAAAAUGACUACAAGAAAGAGAAGUGGCUCUGGCUCUAAAUGGCAGCUCAAAGAAAAAGUUGUUCAAAUGUAUGAGUGCUUCUUCAAGGGAGAAGAUCCUGCAAAAACCAAUGUUAAUUUUUGGGACGAAUUAUUCCUUCUGAAACCAAAGGUAUCACAAUUGGAAGCUGAAAUCCAGAAAUUGAACCUGGAUCAAUUACUUCUGUUGAAAGACAAUAUUCACACUCUCUUUUAUCAGUGUGUACAAACGUUAAGCCAUGGUCAUCACAUCAGAGUUGUAUAUGCUUUACAGACUUUAUGUGCAAUCAUUGAUGCCAUAUAUAAGAAAACUAGUGGUGUCUCUGGAUUUGACAUAAUAAACACUUUAAUGGGCUUUGAUCAAGCUGAAUUGCGCAUGCAAGCCUUAAUGGACCAUCUUAACAACUUUUUAAGUGGCGAAUUCCCAGCAAGUCUUAAAACUCUUUGUCUGAAGCUGUUACUUGUUCUGAUUACUGGAACAGAAAAUGUUAGUCAGAACACAUUGCUUGAAUAUGUUAUGAUCAACAGUGUAUUUGAAAGUCUUAUCCAGCUUCUAUGCAAUCCUCAAUCUCGAGCAGCUCAUGGGCAUGAUGCUGUUCUCCUUUUGACACUCUUAGUCAAUUACCGCAAAUAUGAAGCUGCGAACCCUUACAUAGUCAAGCUGUCUAUUUUGGAUGAUGAGCUAGCCCUAAAUGGAUAUGGGCAGGUUAUUACUGCUUCAUUAUCAGAAUUUUGCCACCAAUAUGCUGCCCAGCACCAAGAAAACCAGUCUGCUGGAUGGUUGUCGUCCCUCACCAACAUGGUGGGAAGCAUGUUUGUGUCUGAGGAAGGUGGUGUCAGAACACAACAGAUACGAGCGAAUAAUGCAGUUUUAGUGGCACUUUAUGAAGGAGUGCAUUUGAACCGCAAUUUUAUCACAACUUUAGCCCACACUCAGACAGAUGGUAGUCUUCCACCAUCACCAAGCAACACGCUCCCAGCUCAAACACCCCCUCCAUCUGAUGCAGCUGUUCCAAUGCCUGCCUUUGAUGUUAUGGCAGAACCAUCUAAUCUUCUAGUAACAUUCUUUCAAUAUUGUUCCAUAGUUAUGCAAGAUACUAAAUGUGAAUCCAGCAUGAACAGUGUCAAAUUGUGUUUCCUUAUUUUAACAUGCAUAUCUGAAGACCAGUAUGCAAAUUCACUAAUGCAUGAUGUGAACCUUACGUUCAAGGUGCUUUUGCAUCGUUUACCUAUGAGACAUCGUAAAGUAGCACUUGACAGAACCUCACCUUCUCAACCACUUUCAGCAACAUUACUGGAUUUGCUUGUUGAGUUCAUAAUGUCUCAUAUGAUGAAGAAAUUGCCCAUGGAAUUGUAUCUCCUCUGUAUUGGUGUGGUACAUCGUCUUAUCUGUUACCAAAAGAGGUGUCGUGUUCGUCUUGCUUAUCAGUGGAAGGAGGUAUGGUCAGCUCUUAUAAGCCUCCUGAAAUUUUUGGUAAACAAUGAAAACCAUCUAGCCAGAAAGAUGAAUAUUUUCCACCUUGCUGUUCAGGUUGUUAAUAUUUUUAAUCUAUUCAUCACAUAUGGUGAUACUUUCCUGCCUUCUCCUGGAAGCUAUGAUGAACUGUAUUAUGAACUGAUCAGAAUGCAGCAUGUGUUUGAAGAUUUAUAUUCAAUGGCUUUAAGGUACUCCAGUUCUGACAAUGAUUUAAAGGAACAUGCUUUGAAGCUAACAAGUAGCCUGAGCAAUGUCAGAGCUAUAAUUAAUCAUUUUUCACCCAAAAUUGAGGCAUGGCUAACCAAUCAGAGUUUGUCAACUCCUUCUGAAGAUCAAAUAUUGGAAGUAGUUCGAAAGAACUAUGAUAGCCUUACGUUGAAACUCCAAGAUAGCCUGGACACAUAUGAGAGAUACACAGAGAAACCAAGACAUGCUCAAUUUUUCACAGCAAUGGUUCGAAGUGUAGUCAAUGAUACAAGACAAAGUAUUGAUUUUGCAUCCAUGGAUCUUCAGAGCAUUCUUCACGAAUUUUCAUCAAUUUCGUGAAAUGUUCCACAGUUCCCUAGGUCAAUCUAUUUUUGUUUAGACUAAUUUUAGAAUAAACUAUACAUGAUUUUGUUUGUUUUUGAAAUUAUUUUUGUUUAGGAUGAUAUUUGUAUUUUAGAUGAACUGAUUUUAAAAGGCUGAUUGAUUAUUUUCAUUUUGAAUUGCUGGUCUUUGUGUUAUAAAAGAUAUGUGAAAAUGUUUCGACCUAAGCUAUUGUGUUCUUCAAGAUAUAUUAUCAGACAUAUCUGUCACCUGAAGAUGGCUUUUAUUCUUUUAUUACAUCACUGGAAAGAUUAGCUAGGAUGUCGACCUGUUGCCUAUUUCUGCCUUAACUUCAAGCUUUGAUUAAUUUGUUUUGCUAAUGAUAGUUAAUAUUUUGCUUCUCUUAUGUAUCUACUGUUCUGUACUUCUUUCUUGCUAUAUAUGCGGCAUAGUCUGCCUGGUCCCUCUCCAAAAAAAAAAAAAAA